CUUCAAGCCACACCACACCAAGAUGAGCUCACAAGGCCCCAUUGGGAAACUGGCGCAGGGGGUCACCUCGAGCAUUGGCUUCGUCUCCGAAGUCCACGGAUACCGAAAAGCAAAAAAGGCCGCCCGGAAAGAGCGAGAGCUGGAGGAGCAGCAAGAGCAACCUCGAGAAACAUUGCCCUCCCCCUCUCAGUCUCCCCCGCCACACACCGCAUACCAUCCAGAGGAGCAGGAUCGAACCAUCGCAGCCGAGUCCACCGCGCACGACGAAGUCGAGCGCACAUGGCAACUCGACGAAGCCCAAGACGCCCUCGUCGAACAGCAGAAGCCUCGCAAAAGCAAAGGUGGAGUCGCCAACCCGGACAAAGUCAUCGCCGCCUUUCUCCAACGCCGGCCUCCCCCGGAUGCAGUAUUUUCAGUGGCAGACAACAUGUAUCCUCGACCCCGACUCACAUACCCCGUGGCCAUCCCGCAGCGCCGUCCGAAAGAUAAGUCGCGAGGUUUUAUCCACGCGUACGCACUGGAGUUGCAGAACCUGGGGAUUGAUCAAGACACAUGGUUUGAUUUCAUCGACACGUUCAGUGAGGCCAGUCUGGCGAAUCCUUGGAUCAAUGCGCUGAAUUUGGCCUCCCUGGCGGCUUCGCCGUUGCCGUCUUUGAUAUCCACGGCGAUUUCAACGGCAAUCAUGGUUGCGACGACGGUGGCGAUUGAGACACAGGGUCGCUAUCGACAAAACAAAGCUCUGGACCGACUGAACGACGAAUUCUUCCGUCCUCGGGGCCUCUACUGCCUCGUCAUGACCUGGGACCCGACCUCUUCCAGCGCGCGCACCAACGUCGACGUCAACACCACCAUCCAAAACACAUUGAACAGCCAGGGGAAGAUGUCGCACAAAUUCCAGUAUUCCAACGGGGUGACCAAUGGAAUGGAGUCCAUUCCGACCGCCGAACUGAUCUUCCCGGGUCUCGACUAUCUCGCGACGGCCACAAAGGACGAGCAGAAGGGAUUUAAGAAGAAGAUGGAGCGCGGCAAGGGGUUCCUGGAUGAUUAUAUGGAUCGGAGAGCGCAGGCCAAGUUUAUGGCCGAGAACCCAACCAGCCAUCUCACCCAAGCCGGCAAACCCAAGUUCGCUUCCAAAUUCGCCGAUCCAACCCAUUCCGUGCACAGCUUUUUAUCCGGAGGCAUGAUGGGAGGAGCUCAACAAAGCCGGGGCUUUGGCCGGGGUGGAGUGGGCCGGGAUCGAGG